CAAAAAUAAAAUUGCGUACGAGAAUCGCGCUCCUUCAUCUUCUUCAUUAAUGGAAAACUAAUCUGUUUUUGUGCUUUUCGGUGUUGGGUUCGUUGUUACUGAAAGAGUUUGCAUUACUCCUUUAAAUUUUGAUCUUCUUUUUGGGGUUCCAGAAAAGGAAUAACGUUUAAAGAUGCUACAGUUGUUGUUCACGGUGAUAUUCGCAGAGAUGGCGGUGAUCAUCGUACUAUGCUUCAAGACACCGUUAAGGAAGCUGGUGUUAAUGGUUCUGGAUCGGGCCAAGAGGGGACGAGGUCCGGUCAUAGUGAAGACGGUGGGCGGAACAGUAUCCGUUGUGAUGUUGUCGUACAUAUUCAGCAUGAUGAUGCUCAAGAAACGCUGGAUCGUUGAUGGAAACGCUUCUCUAACGGACGAGAUUCUCAUGGCCAAAAACCUCCUCGAAACUACUCUCAUGGGGGGGUUGCUAUUCCUAUCUCUAAUUAUAGACAAAUUACACCAUUAUAUUAAAGAACUCCGUAUAAGAAGGAAGACCAUGGAGACUGCCAAGAAACAAGGUCAGGGAUUUGAAGAUGCAGGUGGGUCAGACAAAGUUACGGCCUUGGAGGAAGAAAUAGCCACUCUGAGGGCAAGGAUUAAGCAGCUUGAAUCUGACUAGAGCUUGUCACAUUCAGGUGGUAAGAAGAACGAAUACCUAAGGAAUUUGAGCACCUCUUGCGAAUGUGUUUUUGCUGCUUCAUUAGCGUUUUUCCAAUAAAGUUCUUCAGGAGUUCUGUAAUGGAUUUGACGUUUGCAGUUUAGUUCUUGAAUUUUGUCAAACGGAGAAAGAUCCAAAGAAAAAAAAAAUACACACACAUACAUAUAUAUAUUUGAGAAAUUAGCCUCUCUUUGUCAUUUCAGCUUCAUGUUUUUAUUAUUGAGAAUCUAUCUGUUCAAUGAAUCAAUGGAUGAGUUUUGAUCUUUGAUAUAUUUUAGAACAUUGUAAUAGUUUGAAUGCUAGAAUAAGAACUUUAUAUUACCCAA